CACCGGUUGGUUCUACAGGUUCGCUCGUCGUACAUAUUCUGGUCCUUAGUUUUGUGCUCAUUUUUAUCUCUUUUGGUUAUUCACUAAAGAUGGGCGUAAUGUUUGUUUUUGAAAUUUUAUUUUGAGCAUAAAUACUCUUACACAAACGUUUUUUCUUUUUACAUGAAAAGGCUUAUUACUCAGACAUUUUUUUUUCUUUUUUGUAAUAAAAAUUCUAUUUUAAGUUAUAAAUACAAUUUAAUUUCGUGUGCCGUAAGGAGAAUAUUGUAAGCAAAAAAAGGUCAUAAUCCCUCUCCAAAGAAAAUGUUAUAAAUCCUAUUUUAUGCCGUUAUGAUUAAUUAGUAUCGUUAGAAAUAUAAACAAAAAUAGAAGAUGUGAUCUGGUAACUAGGUUGUAUCUGAUUAGUUUGCGGCGUCAGAAUAGUUAAGUUCUAUUACUUUAUUAAUCUGCCGGUUAUUAAGGUAAUGAACGGUUCUAAAAGAAUUAGAUUUAUGGCCUAUAAGUAUCCUGAAUUUUUUUAAAAUCGAUGAUAUCAGAAGUAACUAUCGCAAAUCAUAGUUUGAAGGAAUUAGCUACUUAUAUGUCAAAACGUUAUGUGCAAAACAGUUAGAUGUCAAAAAUUCAGGGAAUAUUAGUUAUGUUGUAAAUUGGAUCGUUAACCAGAUGCUUGCUCGACAGCUCGUAUGGACUUCAGAAUCAUCUUCAUUAGUUUUGUUGCUCUCGUUAGUACAAAACCAAGAUUAGAAACAGAUUUCAGGAAGUGUAUAAGCACUGGAUUUCAAGCCGCAUUUUUACAAGUUAUGAAAUGGAAUCCAUGCUUCAAAUGUAUAUGCACAGAAAAGAAUGUUUGUAAAAUCAUGAGAGAAACUUGCCCCAACCUAUCAUGCAGGUUGCAAGAAUCCGAUCCUCAAAAAUGCUGCAGAAGAUGUAAAGGUUGCGUUGUAAGUGGACGUUACUAUAAUAACAAAGAAACAUGGCGCAGCGAAGUAGACAAAUGCACAGUUUAUCAAUGCAAUGAAGGCGUUGUGUCAGCAGUGUCCCCAAAAUGUGUGACGUCAUGUUCUAGCCCGAUCAAAAUAGCUGGCUCGUGUUGUCCACUUUGCAUGGGAUGCAUUUAUAACGGAAGUGUCAUAGCUAAUGAAGAACAAAAAAAGUUUGGUCCAUGUCGUACUUGCUCUUGCGAGGGAGGAAAAUUAAUUUGUCAAGAACAAACGUGCCCUAACCUACAUUGUUCAAAGCAAGUUAAAACUGAAGAAGAAUGUUGUUCAAAGUGUGUCCAAGAUUCUUCUCCAACUUACAUUAAUAUCAAAGAAACAAGUUGUCGUUUCAAAGGAAUGCUUCUCCGAAAUGGCGACAACUAUAAGGUUGAUAAGUGCACAACGUGCGAUUGCAAGAACGGGACACUUCAAUGCACGGAACAACGAUGCAGCCAAACACUGAAUUGUAAUGCGAAAGAUAUAGUACAUCCUGACAAUCAUUGUUGUGCAGUCUGCAAAAACAAAAUAUAUUGUAAAUACAAUGGAAGAAAAUAUGAGAACAAUGAGCAAUGGUAUUUAAAAGGUUGUGCAGUUUGCGUCUGCAGAAAUGGUCGAAAUAUGUGCAGGAAGCAAAAAUGUAAAAAGAAAAUCAAAUGUGGAAAAGGUUUCACACAAGGUACUCAUCCUGGAUCUUGCUGUUUAGAAUGCCUUCCAGUGAAAAAAACAUGCAUCGCAUUUGGUGACCCGCAUUACAGAACAUUUGACGGAAAAGCGUUUUCCUACCAAGGAGUGUGCAAAUACACUCUUGUCAAAGAUUGUUCACCCGACAGAACUUUUCACGUUAUCACAAGAAAUUUUGCAGAAAAUAAUAACUAUUUUUCCUGGAUAAAAACUGUUGUUUUUAUUUAUGCGAAUAUAACGAUAGUCUUACAGCAAAAUAAUCGAGUCAAAAUCAGUGGUAUAAACGUUCGAGUACCAUUUUUAUAUUAUCCAUACAUAGAAAUUAAAAAAUCAAAACGUUAUAUAUUUAUUUAUACCGAUCGUGGAAUUACAAUAAAAUGGGAUGGAGUAAAUUAUAUAGAAGUUUCCUUACCUAAUACAUAUAUGAAUAAAGUUUGCGGACUGUGUGGAAACUUUAAUGGAAAUCCAGCUGACGAUUUUAAAAUUAAAAACAUUGGCAUUGUGAAUAACACAAUUCAUUUCGGUGACCAUUGGAAACACACGUCGUCGAAAUCAUGUAAGAUGUUGACGCGUCGGAAUACACAAAGAAAAAUUGACAAAAGACAAUGUAUAGGCUGGAGGCUACAGCAUGCACAUAGAGUUUGUACAAGAGCAUUCUCUGAUCGUAGUAUAUUUAUAUGUAAGUGGAGAGUAAACUCCAAUCGAUAUUUUCAAGACUGCAUAACAGAUGUAUGCCAGUGCGCGUCGCAUCAACUUUACUGUGAAUGUGGAGCCAUACGAAGUUAUUUUAAUCAAUGUUCGCAAAGUAUAACCACGUUGUCAUGGAAACGAAAAGAAAAAUGUGAUAUAUCUUGUGCUGGUGGAAGCGUUUACACUGAAUGUGGGUCAGCUUGCAAACCAACCUGCACUUCAUUGAACUCUGUACAGUCAUGUCAAAAGAAAUGUGUGUCAGGCUGUCAAUGUCCUGUAGGGAUGGUGUGGGAAAAAGGGAAAUGCAUUAUGUCGUUUGAAUGUCCUUUUUUUAAAAAAUAGAAUUCUUUUUUUAAUAAUUAGAAGAUGCUUUUUGGAAUGGAAAGGAAA